AUGUCAGGAAGUGAUCUGCUGUCUGAAGGGCGCUAUGGCUCCGUGGUUGCUGCUCGUUCUUAUCCAGCCUUCAACAGUUUCACACACGUUGAGCCACGUUCAUGUGUUAUCAAAACAUCGAAUAUUGGCAGUAUCCUGGACGACGUGUUACACGGUAGACGUGAUGCCGAAGAAGCUCUUGAGGAAAAAGUAGACCGGCUUAUUCGUCGUGUACUUAUGGAAGCUUAUAUACUGAAUAGAGUUCGUCAUUCAAAUAUAAUGCAUGCGCAUGCGACUGUGGUCAACGAGCAUGCAAUCUGCCUGCAGCUGGUACUACCACGAUUGUACCAGCUGGAACAACUGAUUGACAAAUACAGGCGCGACAAGGAGGGAGAGGUUAUGCUUGUUCUUAAGUGA